CCAAGACAAAGUCUCCGUAGCAUCAAAACAGAGACAUACAAGCACGCCCGCCAUGUCUUCUUCUUGCCCCGUUCCCGCUCCCAUCAGCAGCGAGAUCGACAUGGGCGGCGUCGACCCUUCUUCGCCCCCUGCACCCGCCACCACCGUCCGAGCCACCGUCGUUCAGGCGUCCACCGUCUUCUACGACACUCCGGCGACUCUGGAUAAGGCGGAGAAGCUGCUGGCAGAAGCAGCAGCACUGGGGUCGCAGCUGAUCGUGUUCCCCGAAGCCUUCAUCGGUGGGUACCCUCGGGGGUUGAACUUCGCCGACCGCACGGCCAAGGGCAAGGAGAGUUUCCGCAAGUACCACGCGGCGGCCAUUGAUGUGCCUGGACCUGAAGUCGAUCGUCUGGCCGCCCUGGCCGGAAAACACAAAGUAUACCUGGUGAUGGGUGUCAUAGAGAGAGACGGGUACACGCUCUACUGCACGGUCAUCUUCUUCGACCCUCAAGGCCGAUACCUUGGGAAACACCGCAAGCUCAUGCCGACCGCUCUGGAGCGUCUUGUUUGGGGUUUCGGAGAUGGGUCGACGAUCCCUGUUUUCGAUACCUCGAUCGGUAAGCUAGGCUCCGUCAUUUGUUGGGAAAACAAAAUGCCGCUGAUGAGGACUGCUAUGUAUGCCAAAGGCAUUCAGAUAUACUGUGCUCCGACUGCUGAUCCUAACACAACCUGGCAGUCAUCCAUGGUUCACAUUGCCCAUGAGGGCGGAUGCUUCGUGCUUUCGGCCAAUCAGUUCUGUCGAAGGAGCGACUACCCUCCUCCGCCCGAAUAUGUAGUUAGCGGGAAUGACGAUGAUCACUUGCCGGACUCCGUCGUAUGUGCCGGUGGCAGCGUCAUAGUUUCGCCAUUCGGCACGGUCCUUGCUGGACCGAAUUAUGAAGGAGAGGGUCUCAUCACAGCUGAGUUAGAUCUUGGAGAUAUUGCACGGGCCAAGUUCAUGUUCGACGUCGUCGGGCAUUAUUCGAGGCCUGACGUGCUGAGCCUCGUCGUGAAGGACCAUCGAGCUAGUCCCGUCACCUUCGCCUCGACGGAGCAAGCCUCCAUGCCUUGAGGCGCCAGAGGCCUCUCCCGAUUCGCCGCUUCUACUUCAUGCCUAGUUAGUACGCUUCACACGGCGAUGUCUUCUUCUGGUGGCAUUGCCUUGCAACUUCAAUUUCUGUGUCGAAUAACAUGUUCCGUCUGAUAAAUCCGGUUUGUGUCCGGCCAACGGGAAUGGUCGACCGUUUGAGUGGCAGCUGUUGUCUGAAACGAGUCGUCUCGUAUGUUCUCUGAGUUGCCCGGCGACCAGUUCGUUAUCUGUGCUCUGUAUUUCACGAAGUCGUGUAUUAAAAAUAAACUGGACCAUUAAUUGAGGCUUCGCGC